UUAUAGCGUGAGGCUAUACGGAGUAGUAAUGGCCCUUUUCUCCCCCCACACAGAUCCAUGAUACGUACGUACGUACGAAUACCUGUAUUUUCUUUGUUUUUUUCCCAGCAGUUUUUCUCCAGCCGAGCCUCUGAGGUCCUCUGAUUGAAGCACAUCUUCAUCAAGAGUGCAAAUACCUAUUCGAUUGUUAUUCUACUUGUUUCGCAUCUCUCUGUAUCUAUUACUUCUUCCGCCCCUCGUGUUCGUUGAUCAUUUAUCAAAGAUUCUUCCCACUCCGGUACACCAGCAACACUUUGGAGACCAUGAAUGCGAUUGAGAUCAGCCCAGUCGAUCUGACUAAUGCGAUUGAUGUCGAUGAAUCUCUGGUUCCCGUUAGGGACACCAAAAAAGCCAGUCAAAGCAGUGUAGAUUUUGACGGUCUACUGGCGACUCCUCUUCUCCUCCAGGAAGAUCUCAAAGAGGGCUGUGGAGGCCAGCUUUGGCCAGCCGGCAUGGUUCUUGCCAAGUAUUUGUUACGUCAGCAUCGCUUUAGCCUUGCCAAUAAAUCAAUUAUUGAGCUGGGUUCUGGUGGCGGCUUGGUUGGGCUGGCAAUUGCACGGGGUUGUCACGUUGGCCCCUCGCCUGUGUUCAUCACAGAUCAAGCGCCGAUGUUACCCUUGAUGGAAACAAAUAUCAAACUUAACAAUCUCUCGGACCUUGUUACAGCCAAUAUACUAAACUGGGGAGAACCAAUCUCGGACUGCAUUCCACAAAAGCCUACGAUCAUACUCGCAGCCGAUUGCGUUUACUUCGAACCAGCAUUUCCUCUGCUGAUAUCGACCCUGAGAGAUCUUCUCGGUCCAGAGUCCAUAUGUUAUUUCUGCUUCAGAAAACGUAGACGCGCUGAUCUCCGGUUCAUGAAGAUGGCGAAGAAGCUGUUCAUUGUUGACGAGAUUCAAGAUGACCCUGAUGCGAAAACAUACCGGAGAGAGAACAUUUUCCUCUACACCAUACGCCCGAAACCUAGUCAGAGUACUAUACAAACUUUAGCAGCGGACCAGGACUGCUGACUUGGGAAAAAAAUUUUUUGUCAAUUGGCCACUGCCUCAACUCUCCCAAAUUGAUAGGGCCACUGUAUCGAGCAUAUACUACAAUUUCAAUCCAUAGCUUUUGUCCUUCGCACCCUCCCCGAUUUUAUUGCCUUGAAUAUCAGUAACUUCACCUUGUUUCCCGAUAAUCUUGACUCCACCUCUCUUGAGAUCAGACAUGAGUUUCUGGGCCUCUGCCGCCUUUCCAGGUUGUUGCUUGCUCAUUGUGGAUGCGUGAUUCAGCUUUCUGCGCUCACGCCUUAGUCUGGCCUUCUGUUCGCGGGUCAUCUCUUCCCUGGCAAUUGAUACCCCGUUUCUCAGAUUCACCUCCCCAGACACUUUGCCAUCAU